GGAGCCUGUUGCUGUUCAGUGCUGCGAGGGUUUGCAGAGUCUGGAGUUGACCGUGUGCUCUAAAGAUAAAGAUUUAAUUCUACCUUUAAUUCACCCCGUGUGGCGACACCAGCGGGGGCAAGUCGUUGGUUGAAUUUAAUCAGUGAAGGUAAAACUGGAUAAGUCCAGAAGAGGCUCUCUGACCAUGUCUAAUCUCAUACCUGUGACCAAGAAAGAUGAAAAGGGCCGAAACAUCCAAGUAGUGGUGAGAUGCAGGCCUUUCAAUGCAGUUGAGCGAAAGUCAAACUCGCAUGGAGUGGUGGAGUGUGACUCAAGUCGGAAAGAGGUGACGGUCCGUACCGGAAAUGUCACUGACAAAACCGCCAGGAAAAUGUACACCUUUGACAUGGUAUUUGGUCCAUCUGCCAAGCAGAUAGAUGUGUACAGGAGUGUAGUGUGCCCUAUACUGGAUGAAGUAAUUAUGGGUUAUAACUGCACCAUCUUUGCGUAUGGACAGACGGGCACAGGAAAAACCUUCACGAUGGAGGGUGAAAGGACACCUAAUGAGGAAUUUACCUGGGAGGAGGAUCCUCUAGCUGGUAUCAUCCCUCGUACUCUCCACCAGAUCUUUGAGAAGCUAACGAGUAACGGCACAGAGUUCUCAGUGAAGGUUUCCCUGCUGGAGAUCUAUAACGAAGAGCUGUUCGACCUCCUCAGCCCUUCACCAGACGUCACAGAGAGGUUGCAGCUGUUUGACGACCCCAGGAACAAGAGAGGUGUUAUUGUUAAGGGACUCGAGGAGAUAACUGUACAUAACAAAAAUGAGGUCUAUCAGAUUCUUGAAAGAGGUGCAGCCAAGAGGAAGACUGCAUCCACACUGAUGAACGCUUACUCCAGUCGUUCCCACUCCGUGUUCUCCGUCACCAUACACAUGAAGGAAAUUACACUGGAUGGAGAGGAGCUGGUGAAGAUUGGAAAAUUAAACCUGGUGGAUCUCGCAGGUAGUGAAAACAUCGGCCGUUCUGGAGCAGUGGACAAGCGUGCACGCGAGGCAGGAAACAUUAACCAGUCACUGUUGACGCUCGGUCGUGUGAUCACAGCUCUGGUAGAACGCGGCCCCCAUGUGCCCUACCGUGAGUCCAAACUCACCCGUAUCCUUCAGGAUUCACUGGGAGGACGUACCAAGACCUCCAUCAUUGCCACCGUCUCUCCAGCUUCCAUCAACUUGGAGGAGACUCUCAGUACACUGGAUUAUGCUAACAGGGCAAAGAACAUCAUGAACAAGCCAGAAGUGAACCAGAAACUCACCAAGAGAACCCUGAUCAAGGAAUACACAGAGGAGAUUGAGCGUCUGAAGAGGGAUUUGGCUGCCACACGGGAAAAGCAUGGUGUCUAUCUCUCAGCUGAGAACUAUGAGAGUAUGAACAGUAAACUGGUGAGUCAGGAAGAACAGAUCACAGAGUAUACAGAGAGGAUUGCAGCGGUGGAGGAGGAACUCAAGAGGAUGAUGGAGCUGUUCACAGACAAUACUCAGAAGCUGGAAAAGUGCAAUGAGGACCUGCAGGACAAGAGCCAGCAACUGCAGGAGGCCCACAAGGAUCUGAAGGAGACCAGACAGAGACUCACUCAGGAGGAGUUCAUCACCACUCAGCUGCAGACCACCGAGAACCAGCUGUACAACACUGCUGGCCAGCUGCUGAGUACAGCGGACGUGAGCACGGCGGACGUGGGAGGUCUGCAUGCUAAGCUGCAGCGGGUGAAGGCUGUGGAGCAGCACAACACCACAGCUCAGAGCAACUUCGCCCAGAGCAUGGAGCAGAGCUGCGGCAGCAUACAAAGAUCGCUGCAGGAGCACAGUCUUAAACAUGCUGCCAUGCUCGAUUAUUACCGCCAUGCCAUGGGGCAACUUCUUGGAGGAACUGGCCGUGCUUUUGAGGAGGCUAUGGGCUCCAUAGUGCGUUCCUACACCACUGUCCGAGAGGCGGUGAAGGAAGGAGUGGACGAUUGUAAGGCCAAGCUUCUGCAACAGGAGGGGCUCACAGUCGGAAGCAGAGACACCGUGCUGGAAAUGCUGGACAAGCAUAAACUUAAUCUUGAUGAGGUUCUAAUCGGAGAAGUGAUUCCCGCGAUCAGAUCAAUUAUGGAUGUGAACGAUGGCUUAAAACAGACCCUGCAGAGAUGCAACGUGCUGGCUGGACAGAUGGAGGGAAUGAAGACUGAGAUGGCUGUCUUUUUCAGUGGCCACGUGGAGGCGCUGGCGAGCAUGCGGGAGACCGCUGUGCAGGGCUUCGCUUCCCUCCAGGCUGAGCACAGCAAGCUGAAAGAGCAGAUCAACCAGGCCAGCAACCAACACGAAACACGUGUAGCGCAGCUCCUUCGGUGUGUCCAGGACCAGAUAAACCUCCUGGCACUAGAUACACAGUCUGACUUUAAGGGGCUACAGGAGGCAGCAGAUACACAGCGAACUCCCAUGGAGACUCUGAAAAUCACAAUACAGAGCAAAUGCACUGAGGCUGAACAGGAGAGCUCGUCAGUCGGCGCUCGAUUAAGUUCCUGUGCAGAUGGAGUGAUAAAGGAGAUGAGCGAAGUUGCAGGGGAGGGACGCACAGCAUUGGAUGAAGGUGCUGGUUACUGUGGCCUCCUUCAGCGCUCUCUGGAGUCGGUGUCUGACUCGAGCAUUCAAUGGUGUCAACAGGCCAGAGACCUGACUGAGAGACGUGCUGAAGAACAGCUGAACCUCUUGGAGGAGAACAAAGCUGCAGCACAUGAGCUUCUGAAGGGUGUAGAGGAGCGCGGUCAGGCCUCAGUAGAGGAGUGCCGAACUCGCCUCGCUCCAGUACAGCAAGAAAUGGAAAUGCUCUUGAAAGGAGUGGAAGGGCAGACGGUUAAAGAUCGGGCAAUCCUGCAGCAGCACAGAGAAGAGCUCUUGACUUUUGCAACACAAGCACUUAAUACAGUCAACCACUUCCUGAAUGAUGAACUCCAGCAGGAUCUGCCUACUGGCACGACGCCGAAACGUAAGGAGUAUGUGUACCCACGUGUAUUGGCGCCACUGAGGAGCAGAACAGAGCUCGAAGAGGAGUUUCGAGUUCAGCAGGAGCAGCUGAUGAGCGCAUUCGUUCAGUGUGAAAUCCUCACUGAGGGAGAGGAGGAGGAGAAACCUGUAGACCAGGACUCUCUGGAGGAUGAAGUGUACAGCUCCAGUGACAGUAACUCGACACAGCAGUCUAUACCAGAUGAGAAUCUGAUUUGCUACGAGGAGGGAAGGGUUCCCUUUUUUAAGAAAAAGUCAAAAAAAGAAAACCCCAGCAGCAAGUCCCUGAACCGCUCAAAGGUAGCUGAAAACGAGGCCACGGUCACUCCUCCUCGAUCUAGAUUACCCCUCAGGUCCCAAAAUCAGUGAUGACUCCAUUUCCUUUUUUUUUUUUUUUUUUUAAACUCAGUUACCUGUAGAGACUUGAGCUACUUAUUAUACUUAUAUAUACUGCAUCUUUAUUUUAACCAUUUUUUUUUUUGUACAUGAAUUUAAAUAUUCAUUUAUGUUUGCAUCUUCAUUUUCUGUCACUGUUUUUAAUGUUGUGUAUGUUCAGGAUGUCGUGUACCUUUUUAUUUGUUCUUCACUUGAAUACAAUGUGUAUUGGUGUGUUUUCAUGUUUAAAAAGUAAGAAUGAUUGCUGAUUAAGGAUUG